AUGUUUUUACUUAAUAAAAAACAACAAGAAACAGUUGAACAUUUAAAACAUCCACCAAAUCGAACAGAACGUAAAAAAAUUGACAAUUAUAUUCAUCUAUGUAAACCAAUGGUUACUCUUAGUCUUAAAAAAUAUGUUAAUUCAAAUGAAGCGGAAUUUCAACCAAAUAUAUUUCUUUUUUUCAUAGCUUUAUCUGCAAUAGAACCAGUUGUAUAUGAUUUAUUUCUUGUUCGACUUAAAACUGAUAAUAAAGAAUUAGAAGUACAGCGAAUGUUUAUUGUUCAAACAUUAUUUGAACUUGUUCGAUAUAAUAAAAGUUUAUCUGAUCAUUUAUUUUCUCGUUAUGGUCUUAAUUUAAUAUUUUCAUUACAAACUUUAAUUGAAUUUUAUUUUGAUGAAGAUGAUUUAAUAAUGUCAUUAAUAAAUUAUGGUUUAUGUAAAUCAGAUAUGCUUCUUGUACAAACAAUAAAAGAAUCAAAUGAAUUUUAUCAACAUUUAAUUGAACGUUGUUUAAAAUAUUUAACAAAAACAAAUGCAUAUACCAUCAUGUUUAUUUAUACUUGA